AUGAUGGUGCCAGUGUUUAUUCUUAUCCUGAUGCUUCAAGCUUCUGCAAUGCAAAACAACAUCAUUGAGCACGAGGAAAGUUCUGAUGGUGAUUUUAAAGCUCCCAUUACAGAUCCUGAGAUUCUUAACCAGCCUUUCCAAAACAACGAGAGUCAAGGAUCUAGCCAAGAAAUAAGGUCAAAUGCUACAGAAAAAGAAAGAAAACUAACACCAAGUUGCAAAGAAUAUGAAGCUAAUUGCAUAACUUGUGCAUCUGCAACUCUUUGUGGAACUUGCUUUACAAGUCGAUAUACUAUUAUUCCUGACACUGAUGGUGGAUGCACCAUAUCGACGGUGAGAAAUUGUGCUCUUGUUUCUCCCGAUGAUGUAUGCAACUCUUGCAAGGCAGGCUAUUAUCAAGGCUGUGCAUCAUGUAGUGACUUAAUAGACGGUUGUCUUACUUGCUCUAAUGAUGGAAGAUGUUCAGAAUGUGAUUCAGGAUAUCAUGUAAAUACGGAUUUUGCUUGCACGAGAUGCCAAGAUUCAAACUGCAAUACUUGCGAUUCAGAAGGUUCUUCUUGCAGUUUAUGCAAAGAAGGGUAUUAUUUAGACUCUAGCAGUUGCAAGGCAUGCUCCAGUUUUAACCCGAAUUGUCAAGCAUGUUCAGGAAAUGACAAGUGCACCAAAUGUGGGGGAGGAUAUUUAGCAAAUGAAUUAGGCGCUUGCGUUUUAUUAUCAGUUCCAAAUUGUCAAAUUGUCAAUUCUCAAUCAGGCAAAUGUGGUAUUUGUGUGAGCGGGUAUUAUCUUGAUGCUACUAACUCUUGUGCCCAAAUAGCAUGCACAGGUACUCAAUACUGGGAUGGUGCCAACAAGCAAUGCAAGGAAUGCAGCACAAUUAGCACAGGUUGCACCGCAUGCAGCACAGAUGCAAAAUGCACUUCAUGCUCAGCUGGAUAUAUAGUUAAUGAAGGAGGCUUAUGCUCCACUUCAUCACUUUCUCAUUGUGAUAUUGUUAAAAAUACAGAUCCAACUUAUUGCAAGAAAUGCUCAACUGGAUAUGUCUCUAACGGAGUAGGAGGGUGCAUACAGUCUCAACUAAUGCAUUGUGACGUGGCCUCUGAUGCUACUACUUGCACAACCUGCUCUAGUGGAGCUGCUGUUGGCUGUGGCUCUUGCUACCCAAUUAAUUCAGUCCCUGAUUGUGCUUGUGCUUCUCAAGGCGGCUCAGUUUGUAAAAAAUGUAAUGAUGGCUAUAAGCUUAAUGCAGACUCAUGCUCUCCAGGUAUUUUUCUAUUUAGUUUGCUCUUCUAAUUGCGUGACUUGCUCUUCGAAAGACGUCUGCACUCAAUGCAAUUCAGGAUAUUUCCUUUAUGAUGAAAGUGUGACUAAAACAAGCUGUGUUUGUAAGAUUUAUUUAGCAUGUGCCGAUUCGUGCAAUUCAUGCACUACUAGUCCUAUUUGUUUCGAGUGUGCUGACUUAAUAGUCCAAGAUGGGACUUCGUGCAGAGUGGAUAAAGUAGGAUAUCAAUUGAGUUUUGACUCUCCAGAUGCAGUUAUUGAUUUUGCCCACCCACUUUCGAAAACGGUGGCAUUUAAUUCUUUUACAGCUACUAAAGGUCAAGCAGUUAUCCCUACAGGAAGUUGGAGUGUCAAAUCAUCGACAGUAAGUCAGAUCAAGAUUCAGACUGAUUUGGAUGUUUCUCAGCUUCCAAUUGAUGUCGUGUUCAGCUUUACGCAGAAUGACUCUUAA